AUGGAUGCCUCUGAGAAUGACAUCGACGUGUAUCUGCACAAGCAUUCCAAGAUUCUGCUCGAUGAGUUGGAUCAGAGCCUGGUGACUUGUCUGCGGAAGCCGGACGGCCGGGGGGGGACGCGCAUACGGCGAUGGGUGCGGAUCAGGGAGACUUUGAAGGCUACUUGUGCUGUCUUGGAUCAGUUUCAAGAGCUGCCUCAGCUGCUGGAUCCGUAUCUGCCCAAAUGGAUUCCCUUCUUGGCAGAGUCAUAUCUGGAGUAUUUGCAGACGCGGCAUCGGCAGAAGAGGGUUCCGGAGGAGACAAACCUGCUGGCUCCCUUGGACUAUGCGAUUUCUAGGAUCCUCUAUGCGUUCUGCAAGGUCCGCGGCGAAAAGGUCAUUGUGCGCUUUCUCAACGUCGAGACCAAGUAUCUGGAGCUCAUCCUUUCGGCUGUCGAAGAAGCUGAAGCUCAUACCGGCAAGGAAAAGAAGGAUAUCUUUGCUGAACGAGAUUCUAAUGAAGGAUGGACCUGGGAACAGCGUUAUAUUGCGCUGCUCUGGCUUUCCCACCUUUUGUUUGCGCCAUUUGACUUGUCGACCAUUUCCUCUGCCGACCUAGAUGAAGAGGGCGUGCCGUCCAUUGCCGGGUUUACCUGGCCUGCGAAUGUACCGGGUCUUACGAUGAGAGUGAUUCCUCUGGCUACAAAGUACAUUGCUUCUGCGGGCAAAGAACGAGAUGCUGCUAAAGCUCUGCUUGUGAGGCUCGCCAUGCGGCGAGAUAUGCAGCAGAUUGGUAUUCUGGAGAGCCUCGUGCAGUGGUCGUUGAAAUCGCUACGGCCACAAAAGGAGACUGAGAUUGAGAACCCGUAUUUUUACAUUGGUGUUCUCUCUUUUCUGGCUGGAAUACUGCGGUCUGCAUCGGAGACGUCUGACAUGGACGCCUAUUUGCCUACCAUUUUCGAAUCCGUGCUCCAACUAUCGACUGGCGAAGAUGCCAUCUCCAAAAUCAUCAUGUCUCAGGCAUCAGCACGGAAGAUGAUGCUGAAAGUCAUCCGUUCCCUGGUUGUUUCGCUGUUGCGUUCCUCCCGACGAGAUAUGAAGACCACGGUCUUGGUAGAGAAUGCAAUUGGCUACUUCCUCGAGAGCCUCUCCGACAACGACACUCCGGUUCGUUUGUCUGCUAGCAAGUCGCUUAGCAUCAUCACAUUGAAAUUGGACCCAGACAUGGCAUCCCAGGUCGUCGAAGCUGUCCUUGAAUCCUUGAACCGCAAUGUGCUUUGGAGCAAGACGUCAGCCAAGACAGGGGCUAAACCGGUCCGCGACUUGUCUGCCGUGAAUCCCUUGGAGUGGCAUGGCUUGAUGAUGACCUUGUCGCACUUGCUCUAUCGGCGAUCUCCGCCAGCCAGCCAGCUCUCCGACAUCUUUCACUCUCUUCUCCUGGGAUUGACAUUUGAGCAGCGCGGUGUUUCUGGAGCCAGCGUGGGAUCAAACGUUCGCGACGCCGCGUGCUUUGGCAUCUGGGCGCUUGCUCGCCGAUACACAACUGACGAGCUCCUCGCCGUGUCCACAAAGUCUGUCUACGCGGCCAAAUCCCACCCCGCAACGAGCUCCAUUCUUCAAGUCUUGGGGACAGAGCUAGUAACAACGGCGUCCCUGGACCCGGAAGGAAACAUUAGGCGCGGAGCUUCAGCUGCGCUGCAGGAACUCAUUGGUCGACAUCCAGAUACCGUGGAACAUGGCAUUGGAGUCGUCCAGUGUGUCGAUUACCACGCCGUGGCCCGGAGAUCGCGCGCCGUUCAGGAGGUUGCUACUGGGGCAACAAAGCUAUCAUCGCAGUACGGAGAGGCUGUGAUUGAUGGCAUCUUGAGCUGGCGGGGAAUAGGCGACUUGGAUACGGGCUCGAGACGAGCUGCUGGCUCUGCGUUUGGCGCGCUUAUAGUACAGCUGUCCGACACGGCCUCGGAAAUGCCAUUUUCUCGCUUUGAAGAGUCGAUCGACUUGGUGAUGGAUCGCCUGAGCACUUUGCAAAAAAGACAGGUGGAAGAACGACACGGUUUGCUAGCAUGCUUUGCCGGAGUCGUGGACGGCAUUCCUGAACUCGCUCGAAAAGCCCAGGGGAAGCUGCUCGAUCAAGCUAUUGUCCGCAAGAUACUGGGCUAUAUAUCUGGAAUUCUUGAAGAUUGCAAGAACAAUGAGUAUCGUCGGCCUGAGCUUAUUGUGGAGGCAGCGAGUCGCUUGGUUGUUUCUUCUUUGCCUCUUAUUCAGGCUGCAACGCUGAGUGGUUUUUCUUACGAUAAGUUAGAAAAGGGAGGCGACGUAUUAUCUAUGGAGAAAACGAAUGGGCUGCCAGACAUUGCCUCGGCCUUUGUCUCGGCACAGCAGUUUGAUGGGAUGGAGACGUUGACCUCAAGGCUGCGAGAUGUGAUGCCAAAUUGGCUUAAUAGAAACGAGCAAGAAACUGCCGACUCUGCUUCCGCAGCCGGCCUCGUGCUUCUUUUGCUCUCUUCACCGGAAGAGCGCAUCAAGAUUUUGGAGCAGUGGGCCAAGUUCAUCGCAGCCAAGCCUGGAAGCCGAUCGAUGGUUACUGGAAAUGGCUACUUUCAUGUCAUGGCAAUGGCACAACCUCUCUCUCAUGCUCUACAAGAUAAUGGGAGCGACGUCGUGUGCAAUGCGUUCCUUGAGCGGUGGAGCGUCGAUAGUGAGGUUGAGACUAGGGUUGCCAUUCUGCACAGUCUUUUGAGCAGCCGCAUUCUCAAGGACAGACCGACAGUUUUCCUGGACCUUCUUGCAGAGGGCCUCAACGACUAUACGACGACGGCUAGAGGCGACGAGGGUUCCUUGGUGCGUUUCCAGACGCUCAAAGCCAUUGCAGUUCUCUGGGGAGAUAUUGGCCAUCCUACGACCCGGGCAGACUGGGUAGAGGCGUCUGUUCGGAAGCUUAUUUACAACAUUUUGCGGCUCUCUGCGGAGAAACUGGAUCGUGUCCGUCGUGUAGCCAAGGAUGUUGUUGCGCUGCUCAUGAGUGAGAGUUCCGUUGAUGAAUCCAAGGACUCGAAUCAGCCGUCAAGAAGGACUUACUUUACGAAAUACCUGAGUUUCUCAUCAAAGGGAUACUUUGCUCUACUGCUUAACCUCAUCCCCAAGGACGCUCUACACCCGCACAUCAUGGCCAUUGUAAACAGCGACGAGAACUGGAUGGCCGGUCUCAUGGCCGGUUUCGUCUCAUCAGCAGACACCGGAAACGAAGAGCUGGUCAUUGCGAGCCGCGCCGCGCUCACAGAGUAUUGCGAGGAAUCGCCCGAAAACUUGCAACGAGUAUGCUCCGCGCUAUUACAAAACCUAAAGACAUGCCAGAGCGAAGACCGAAUCAUUGUGCCGACUCUGGAGAUUACCGCGUUUCUCUUCUACGCGGGGCUCUUCCAGCGCUCCCAGGGCAUCAGCUACCGCGGCCUCUGUCUGCAGACGCAAAAGGCGGGAUACAAGACGGGCAACGUGCGCAAGGUGAUUGCUUGCAUCAAAGUGUACGGCGGGAUUGCCGCGUCAGUCGGGACGGCGAAUGGCGGAGUGAAUGUGGAGGCUGGAGCCAAGGAUGCGCGGAAGAGACUCGGUGCGCUCAUGUCGCAUCCGUGGCCGCGGGUUCGCAGUGCUGUGGUUGAUGAGAUUUGGGGGCUUGUGGGCGGCGAGGAGGCGGUUGGAGUUGCUGAGGGAGAGGAUGGACAAGGAGAAGCAGAAGUAGAUGGGCAUGGGUUGACGGGUGUGGAUUGGGCGAGUGCGGAGAAGAGCCAGAUCAAGGCUUUGGUGGCGGAGCUGAAGUUGGAAUAG